AUGGUUGCAGAGAAAACCAGCAGCAUCGGCUGCGCUUUCGCCGUGUGCUGGCCGCUGAGAGGCUAUGCAAAAAACAACUACUACAAAUACGCUUAUUUCGUGUGCAACUACUCUCCAAUGGGUAAUUGGAUUGGAGAAGCACCUUACGAAAGUGGUAAUCAAGAGUGCACGGAAGCGGGAUACACGCGAAGGGAGGCAAACGGCCUUUGUUCCUCUGACAGUAGCCCUGUUGCGAAAUUUACUGAGGAACAAAGACCUGUAGCCGCCAAAACCACAGCAGCUCAGCCCCAAGGAAGAACGGAUGUGCCAAAGAUAAAGAUACCCGAUGAGUAUGUAAAACAUGCGGAAAUAAAAGGAAUCAAUGACGGCUGGGACGAUGGCGGGGAAAUUGCAAGUGCUGAGAAAGGCGUUUUUCGACAGAGCAGUUUUGACCACCGCGAAAAGAUGUACGACCUGGCUUUGGCGAAUUACGCACAGAAUUUCGUGGCUUCGUGUGUGUUCAAAGACGAUGUAGACGGUGUGAAUGUGGGCGUCGCGACCUUACCCUCAAGAACGGUAGUUACUCCCGAGUUAACAACGAAAAAAGCCGCAGUCAGUCUCACACGCUGGUUCAACGAAAUGGAGAACUUCAUUUACGAAUCUAACUCGUGCGCUGCGGACACGGGUUGCAAAAAUUUUCGACAGAUGAUCGCCCAGGGCGUUGAAUACUUUGGAUGUGGAAUCGCAGAGUGCGCGAAAGUAGAAGGUACUGCAAAAAAGUACCGGAACCCGAAAAAGAAGUACUUGUACUUCGCUUGCAAGUUCAUCAAAACGGUGUAUGACAGAACUGAGCCACUGUACGAAGAGGGCACGCAAACGUGCUCAAUCGCCGGUUAUCCCCAUUUGGACAAAAAUGGACUGUGCACUGCCAAGUUUAACGCGAGAAACACACUACGCACCUAUGGCCAGUCAUCGUAA